GGGACAGCUAGAAAGAUGUGGAUGAUAGUGCGACCUUCCGGAACAGCUGUGGCUGCAGGACCCCCACGAGGACCGGCUGCCCGCCACCGAGGACCGUCCAGGGGGUCCCACGUGGGACAUACACCCAGCUGGCGUGGCUCAGAGAAUGGGGGGAGCUGCCAGCUCAGCAGCUGCGCAACACCCCCCCCCCCAAUCCCCCAGGCUCCCCGUGAGGCCAAUUUGGGCCAGGAGCCCGAGGGGAGGAGACCCAGUGGCCACAGCCACCCAAACCCAGAAACAGCUGGGACCGAAACUGAGUUCUGGCCUCUAGACCCCGUCUCAUUUCCCAGGCAUCUUCCAGAGAGCGAGCGCCUGCCCAGCGCGAGGGAGUGGCCCCGAGCCGAAGAUGGCGGAGGCCACAGGCACCUCCCGGGCACAAGGAAUGACGCAGACACGGGGGGCAGUAGGAGGGGAGAAAAGCCAAAGCUCCAGCGACAGAGGGGCCAGUACUGCGACAUCUGCACCGCCGCACACAGCAACAGGGCACACCCCGUGAGCAACGCCAUCGACGGCACAGAGCGCUGGUGGCAGAGUCCGCCGCUGUCCCGGGGACUGCACUACAAUGAGGUCAACGUCACCCUGGACCUGGGCCAGGUUUUCCACGUGGCCUACGUGCUCAUCAAGUUCGCCAACUCGCCGAGACCGGACCUCUGGGUGCUGGAGCGGUCCACGGACUUCGGCCACACCUACCAGCCGUGGCAGUUCUUUGCCUCCUCCAAGAGGGACUGCUUUGAGCGGUUCGGGCCACAGACGCUGGAGCGCAUCACGCGGGACGACCACGUCAUUUGCUCCACCGAGUACUCUCGGAUCGUGCCCCUGGAGAACGGCGAGAUUGUGGUAUCCCUGGUGAACGGGCGCCCGGGGGCCAUGAACUUCUCCUACUCGCCCCUGCUGCGUGACUUCACCAAAGCCACCAACAUCCGUCUGCGCUUCCUGCGCACAAACACGCUGCUGGGCCACCUCAUGGGCAAGGCGCUGCGGGACCCCACCGUCACCCGCCGGUAUUAUUAUAGCAUCAAGGACAUCAGCAUCGGUGGCCGCUGCGUCUGCCAUGGCCACGCGGACGUCUGUGACGCCCAAGACCCCACGGACCCCUUCAGGCUUCAGUGUGCCUGUCAGCACAACACAUGUGGGGGCUCCUGUGACCGCUGCUGCCCAGGCUUCAACCAGCAGCCGUGGAAGCCGGCAACCACCGAAAGCGCCAACGAGUGCCAGUCCUGCAACUGCCACGGCCACGCCCACGACUGCUUCUACGACCCGGAGGUGGACCGGCGCAACGCCAGCCAGAACCUGGACGGCGCGUACCAGGGCGGCGGCGUGUGCAUCGACUGCCAGCAUCACACGACCGGCAUCAACUGUGAACGCUGCCUGCCCGGCUUCUUCCGUGCCCCGGACCAGCCCCUUGACUCUCCCCACGCUUGCCGCCGCUGCAACUGCGAGUCGGACUUCACGGACGGGACGUGCGAAGAUCUGACCGGCCGCUGCUACUGCCGGCCCAACUUCACCGGGGAGCGCUGCGACGCGUGUGCCGAGGGCUUCGCCGGCUUCCCGCGCUGCUACCCAGCGUCCUCCUCCCCCAACCACACCGGGGAACAGGUGCUGCCAGCCGGACAGAUCGUGAACUGUGACUGCAGCGCCGCCGGGACCCAGGGCAACGCCUGCCGGAAGGACCCGCGGGUGGGACGCUGCGUGUGCAAACCCGCCUUCCAGGGCGUCCACUGCGAGCUCUGUGCCCCGGGGUUCUACGGCCCGAGCUGCCAGCCCUGCCGGUGUUCCAGCCCCGGAGUGGUGGAUGGGGACUGCGACCCUGACUCAGGCCACUGCGUGUGCCGGGAGGGCUUCGAGGGGGCCGCGUGUGACCGCUGUGCCCCGGGAUACUUCCACUUUCCUCUCUGCCAGCUGUGUGGCUGCAGCCCCGUGGGGACCCUGCCCGAGGGCUGUGAUCAGGCCGGCCGCUGCCCGUGCCGGCCAGGGUUCGACGGCCCUCACUGUGACCGCUGCAGCCCGGGCCACCAUGGCUACCCCGACUGCCACGCCUGCACCUGCGACCCCCGGGGUGCCCUGGACCAGCUCUGCGGGGCAGGGGGCGUGUGCCUCUGUCGCCCCGGCUACACGGGCGCUACCUGCCAGGAAUGCAGCCCCGGCUUCCACGGCUUCCCCCACUGUGCCCCCUGCCGCUGCUCCGCCGAGGGCUCCCUGCACGCGGCCUGUGACCCCCGCAGCGGGCAGUGCAGCUGCCGGCCCCACGUGACGGGGCUGCGAUGUGACGCCUGUGUGCCCGGCGCCUACAACUUCCCCUCCUGUGAAGCCGGGUCCUGCCACCCUGCCGGCCUGGCCCCGGCCGACCACACCCGUCCUGAGGCACAGGCCCCUUGCACGUGCCGGGCUCACGUGGAGGGGCCGAGCUGCGAUCGCUGUAAACCGGGGUUCUGGGGGCUGAGUCCCAGCAACCCCGAGGGCUGCACCCGCUGCAGCUGUGAUCCUCGGGGCACGCUGGGUGGAGUCGCCGAAUGCCGGCCGGGCGACGGCCAGUGCUCCUGCAAGCCUCACGUGUGUGGCCAGGCCUGCGCAGCGUGCCGGGACGGCUUCUUCGGGCUGGACCGAGCUGACUACUUUGGCUGCCGCAGCUGCCGGUGUGACGUUGGCGGUGCGCUGGGACAGGGCUGUGACCCGCGGACGGGCGCCUGCCGGUGCCGCCCCAACACCCAGGGCCUCACCUGUGCCGAGCCGGCGCGGGACCACUACCUCCCUGACCUACACGACCUACGCCUGGAGCUGGAGGAGGCGGCCACGCCCGAGGGCCGCACCGCGCGCUUCGGCUUCAAUCCCCUCGAGUUCGAGAGCUUCGGCUGGAGGGGCUACGCGCAAAUGUCGCCCAUCCAGCCCAGGAUCGUGGUGAGGCUGAACGUGACCUCCCCUGACCUCUUCCGGCUCGUCUUCCGGUUCGUCAACCGUGGGUCCAGCAGUGUGAACGGGCGAGUGUCUGUGCAGGAGGAGGGCAAGUUUGCCACCUGCACCAACUGUACGGAGCAGAGCCAGCCUGUCACCUUCCCACCCAGCACGGAGCCUGCCUUUGUCACCGUGCCCCAGAGGGGCUUUGGGGAGCCCUUUGUGCUGAACCCCGGCGCCUGGGCCCUGCUCGUGGAGGCCGAGGGGGUGCUCCUGGACUAUGUGGCCUUUCUACCCAGCACCUACUACGAGGCGGCCGUCCUGCAGCUGCGGGUGACCGAGGCCUGCACGUUCCGGCCUGCUGAGCGGCGCUUCAGGGAGAACUGCCUCCUCUACACGCACCUGCCCCUGGAUGGCUUCCCCUCAGCUGCAGGAACCGAGGCCCUGUGUCGCCGUGACAACAGCUUGCCCUGGCCGUGCCCCACGGAGCAGCUCAGCCCUUCGCACCCGCCCCUGGCCGCCUGCCUGGGCAGUGACGUGGACGUGCAGCUUCAGGUGGCUGUGCCACAGCGGGGCCGCUACGUCCUGCUGGUGGAGUAUGCCAAUGAGGACGCCCGCCAGGAGGUGGGCGUAGGCGUGCACGUCCCGCGGCGGGCCCCUCAGCAGGCGGCACUCACUUUGCACCCCUGCCUCUACAGCACCCUGUGCCGGGGCGCCGCCCUGGACACGCAGCACCACGUGGCGGUCUUCCACCUGGACACGGAGGCCAGCGUCCGGCUCACGGCCAAGCAGGCACGCUUCUUCCUGCACAGCGUCACCCUGGUGCCCGCGGAGACAUUCAGCUUGGAGUUCGUGGAGCCCCGGGUCCGCUGUGUCAGCAGCCACGGUGCCUUCGAGCCCAGCAGUGCCACCUGCCUGCCGUCGCGCUUCCCGAAGCCGCCCCAGCCCAUCAUCCUGCGGGACUGCCGCGUGCUGCCGCUGCCUCCCGGCCUCCCCCUGGCCCGCUCGCAGGACUUCACGCCCGGCGCGCUCCCGCCAGGGCCCCAGCGUCGGCCCUCCACUGCCGUGGACCCCGACGUGGAGCCCACCCUGCUGCGCCACCCCCAGGGGACUGUGGUCUUCACCACCCACGUGCCUGCGCUGGGCCGCUACGCCUUCCUGCUGCAUGGCUACCAGCCGGCGCACCCCACCUUCACCGUGGAGGUCCUCGUCAGCGGGGGCCGAGUCUGGCAGGGUCACGCCAACGCCAGCUUCUGCCCACACGGCUACGGCUGCCGCACCCUGGUGGUGUGUGAGGGCCAGACUGUCCUGGAUGUGACCGACAGCGAGCUCACCGUGACCGUGCGUGUGCCCGAGGGCCGGUGGCUCUGGCUGGAGUAUGUGCUCGUGGUCCCCGAGGAGGCCUACAGCUCCAGCUACCUCCGCGAGGAGCCCCUGGACAAAUCCUACGACUUCAUCAGCCAGUGUGCCAGCCAGGGAUACCACGUCAGCCCCAGCAGCUCGUCCCAGUUCUGUCGUGAUGCAGCCUCCUCUCUCUCUCUCUUCUAUAACAACGGGGCUCGGCCUUGUGGCUGCCAUGAAAUGGGAGCCACGGGCCCCACAUGUGAGCCCUUUGGGGGCCAGUGUCCCUGCCGUGCCCAUGUCAUCGGCCGUGACUGCUCCCGUUGUGCCACUGGCUACUGGGGCUUCCCCAGCUGCAGGCCCUGUGACUGCCGAGGCCGCCUGUGUGAUGAGCUCACCGGCCGCUGUGUCUGCCCGCCUCGCACCGUCCCGCCCGACUGCAUCGUCUGUCAGCCCCAGACCUUUGGCUGCCACCCCCUGGUUGGCUGUGAGGAGUGUAACUGCUCGGGGCCUGGUGUCCAGGAGCUCACGGAUCCUACCUGUGACAUGGACAGUGGCCAGUGCAAGUGCAGACCCAAUGUGGCCGGGCGCCGCUGUGACACCUGUGCCCCUGGCUUCCACGGCUACCCCAGCUGUCGCCCCUGUGACUGCCACGAAGCGGGCUCCACGCCUGGCGUGUGCGACCCCCUCACGGGCCAGUGCUACUGCAAGGAGAACGUGCAGGGCCUGAGGUGUGACCAGUGCCGCCUGGGGACCUUCUUCCUGGACGCUGCCAACCCAAAAGGCUGCACCCGCUGCUUCUGCUUCGGGGCCACCGAGCGCUGCGGGAGCUCGGCCCACACCCGCCGGGAGCUUGUGGACAUGGAGGGCUGGACGCUGCUGAGCAGCGACCGGCAGGUGGUGCCUCACGAGCUGCGGGCGGCCUCGGAGCUGCUCUACGCCGACUUGCGGCUCGGGGCCGAGGCCUUCCCUGAGCUGUACUGGCAGGCCCCACCCUCCUACCUGGGGGACAAGGUGUCAUCCUAUGGCGGGACCCUCCGCUACGAACUUCACUCGGAGACCCAGCGGGGAGACGUGUUCAUCCCCAUGGAAAGCAGGCCGGACCUAGUGCUGCAGGGCAACCAGAUGAGCAUCAUGUUCCUGGAGCCGGCGUACCCGGCACCCGGCCAUGUCCACCGCGGGCAGCUGCAGCUGGUGGAGGGGAACUUCCGGCACACGGAGACCCACAGCGCCGUGUCCCGCGAGGAGCUCAUGAUGGUACUGGCGGGCCUGGAGGAGCUGCACAUUCGCGCUCUCUUCUCCCAGACCUCCUCGGCCGUCUCCCUGCGCAGGGUGGCGCUGGAGGUGGCCGGCGAGGCGGGCGGGGGGCCUCCAGCCAGCAACGUGGAGUCGUGCAUGUGCCCUGCCAACUACCUUGGGGAUUCCUGCCAGGAGUGUGCCCCCGGCUAUUACCGGGACGUCAAAGGUCUCUUCUUGGGUCGCUGUGUCCCCUGUCAGUGCCAUGGCCACUCAGACCGCUGCCUCCCCGGCUCGGGCGUCUGCGAGGGCUGCCAGCACAACACCGAGGGCGACCGCUGCGAGCACUGCCAGGCUGGCUUUGUUCGCAGUGGGUCCGAGGACCCGACGGCCCCCUGUGUCAGCUGCCCCUGCCCCCUCGCCGUGCCUUCCAACAACUUCGCGGUGGGCUGCGUCCUGCGAGGUGGCCGCACACAGUGUCUCUGCAAACCCGGCUACGCGGGCGCCUCCUGCGAGCGGUGCGCGCCGGGCUUCUUCGGGAACCCUAUGGUGCUGGGCAGCUCAUGCCAGCCGUGCGACUGCAGUGGCAACGGUGACCCCAACCUGCUCUUCAGCGACUGCGACCCCCUGACGGGCGCCUGCCGCGGCUGCCUGCGCCACACCGCCGGGCCCCGCUGCGAGAGCUGCGCCCCCGGCUUCUACGGCAACGCCCUGCUGCCCGGCAACUGCACCCGGUGUGACUGCUCCCCGUGCGGGACGGAGACCUGUGACCCCCACAGCGGGUACUGCGUGUGCAAGCCAGGCGUGACAGGCCCGCGCUGUGACCGCUGUCAGGAAGGACACUUCGGCUUCCAGAGCUGUGGGGGCUGCCGCCCGUGUGCCUGCGGACCAGCCGCGGAGGGCUCUGAGUGCCACCCCCAGAGUGGGCAGUGCCACUGCCGGCCAGGGGCGGGAGGGCCCCAGUGCCGUGAGUGCGCCCCGGGCCACUGGGGGCGCCCUGAGCAGGGCUGCAGGCGCUGCCGGUGCCAAGGGGGCCACUGUGACCUGCACACCGGCCGCUGCACGUGCCCCCCCGGGCUCAGCGGGGAGCGCUGUGACACCUGCAGUCACCAGCACCAGGUGCCGGUGCCCGACGGGCCUGGGGACCGCGGCGUCCACUGCGAAGUGUGUGACCACUGUGUGGUGCUGCUCCUGGAUGACCUAGAGCAGGCCGGCGCCCUCCUCCCUGCCAUCCGGGAGCAGUUGCACGGAAUCAGCACCAGCUCGGUGGCCUGGGCCCGGCUGCACAGGCUGAAUGCCUCCAUCACUGACCUGAAGAGCCAGCUCCGGAGUCCGCUGGGCCCCCGCCAUGAGACAGCACAGCAGCUGGAGGCCCUGGAACGACAGAGCUCAGGCCUCGGACGGGACACGCAGAGGCUGGACGGCCAGGCCACAAGAGCCCUAGCCCGGGCUAGCCGGCUCCUGGACGGCACUGAGGCCUCGCUGGGCCGGGCGCAGACACUGCUGGCAUCCAUCAGGGCUGUGGACCGCAUCCUGAGUGAGCUUGAGUCCCAGACAGGCCACCUGGUCCCGGCCAACGUCUCAGCCCCGUCGGGUGAGCUCGUGCGCCGGACGCUGGCCGAGGUGGAGCGACUGCUUGGGGAGAUGCGGGCCCGAGACCUGGGCGCCCCGAGAGCAGCGGCUGAGGCUGAGCUGGACAAAGCCCGGAGACUGCUGGCCCGCGUACAGGAACAACUGACCAGCCGCUGGAAGGGGAACCAGGCACUGGCCGAGCGCACCCGAGACCAGCUGGCCCGGCACGAGGCCGGCCUCAUGGACCUUCGAGGGGCCCUGAAUCGGGCGGUGGGCACCACUCGGGAGGCGGAGGAACUCAACAGCCAAAAUCAGGAGCGCCUGGAGGAGGUCCUGCAACGGAAGCAGGAGCUGUCCAGGGACAAUGCCACUCUGAGUGCCACCCUGCAGGCGGCCCGGAACAUCCUGGCCCAGCUCUCGGAGCGCCUGCACGGCAUGGACCAGGCCAGGGAGGAGUACGAGCACCUGGCCGCAAACCUGGACGGGGCCCGGACCCCGCUGCUGGAGAAGAUGCGGGCCUUCUCCCCGGCGAGCAGCAAGGUGGAUCUGGUGGAGGCUGCCGAGGCGCACGCGCGGCAGCUGGACCAGCUGGCCCUCAACCUGACCAGCAUCAUCCAAGGAGUCAACCGGGACCGUUUCAUCCAGCGGGCCAUCGAGGCCGCUAACGCCUACGGCAGCAUCCUCCAAGCUGUGCAGGCCGCGGAGGGCGCUGCUGGCCAGGCGCUGCAGGAGGCGAGCCGCACGUGGGCGACGGUGGUGCAGCGGGGCCUGGAGCCCCGAGCCCGGCAGCUGUUGGCCAACAGCAGCGCCCUGGUGGAGGCCGUCCUCCGGGAGGAGCAGAGGUUGGGCCGUGCGCGGGCUACCCUCCAGGGCACCGGGACCCCGCUCCGAGAUGCCCAGGCCAAGAAGGAGCAGCUGGCAGCCCGAGUCCGGGAGGUACAGGCCAUGUUGGCCAUGGACACAGACGAGACGAGCAGGAAGAUCGCUCAUGCCAAAGCCGUGGCCGCUGGAGCCCAGGACACGGCCGCCCGUGUGCAGUCCCAGAUUCGGAACAUGCAGCAGAACUUGGAGCGGUGGCAGGGCCAGUACGGGGGCCUGCGGAGCCAGGACCUGGGCCAGGUGGUCCUGGACGCGGGCCGCUCAGUGUCCACCCUGGAGAAGACGCUGCCACGGCUGCUGGCCAAGCUGAGCCUCCUGGAAAAUCGUGGGGCGCACAACGCCAGCCUGGCCUUGUCCACCAACAUCGGCCGCGUGCGGGAGCUCAUUGCCCAAGCCCGGGGGGCUGCCAGCAAGGUCAAGGUGCCCAUGAAGUUCAACGGGCGCUCGGGGGUGCAGCUGCGUGCCCCUCGGGACCUCUCCGACCUCGCCGCCUACACCGCUCUCAAGUUCUACCUCCAGAGUCCAAAGCUGGCGUCUGGCCAGGUCACCGGGGACCGCUUCGUGCUGUACAUGGGCAGCCGCCAGGCUGUUGGCGACUACAUGGGCGUGGCUCUGCGCGACCAGAAGGUGCACUGGGUGUACCGCCUGGGGGAGGCGGGCCCCGCCACCCUGAGCGUGGACGAGAACAUAGGGGAGCAGUUCGCCGCAGUCAGCAUCGACAGGACCCUCCAGUUCGGCCACAUGUCCGUCACGGUGGAGAAGCAGACGGUCCAUGAGACCAAGGCCGACACGGUGGCCCCUGGGGCCCAGGGGCUGCUUAGCCUGCACCCUGACAGCUUCGUCUUCUACGUGGGGGGCUACCCCAGCGACUUCACGCCCCCGGAACCCCUCCGCUUCCCCGGCUACCUUGGCUGCAUUGAGACGGACACGCUCAACGAGGAGGUUUUCAGUCUCUAUAACUUCGAGGAGACCUUCCAGCUGGACACGGCCGUGGACAAGCCUUGUGCCCGCUCCAAGGCGACCGGGGACCCGUGGCUCACCGAUGGCUCCUACCUGGACGGCUCGGGCUUCGCUCGCAUCAGCGUGGGCAGUCAGAUAGGCCACACGAAGCGUUUCGAGCAGGAGCUCCGGCUUGUGUCCUCCAACGGGAUCGUCUUUUUCCUGCAGCACCAGGACCAGUUCCUGUGCCUGGCAGUGCGGAAGGGCAACCUCACCCUCCUCUAUGACUUUGGCACCGGCCUGCAGGAGGCACAACCACCCCACAACCUGGCACACAAGCUGCAGGCCCUGACCUCCGCCAGCAAGGCGAUCCAGGUGUUCCUGCUGGCGGAAAACCGCAAGCGCGUGCUGGUGCGCGUGGAGAGGAGCUCCGUGUUCAGCGUGGACCAGGACAACACGCUGGAGCUGGCGGACGCCUACUACCUGGGGGGCGUGCCGCCUGACCAGCUGCCCCCCAGCCUGCGGCAGCUCUUCCCCUCCGGAGGCUCCAUCCGCGGCUGCAUCAAGGGCAUCAAGGCUCUGGGCAAGUACGUGGACCUCAAGAGGCUGAACACGACCGGCGUGAGCGCGGGCUGCACCGCCGACCUGCUGAUGCAACGGGCCGUGACUUUCCAUGGCGACGGCUUCCUGUCCCUGGAGCUCCCUCACGUUGCUCCCCUCACGGACCACGUCUACUCGGGAUUCGGCUUCCGCAGCACACGGGACAGCGGUCUGCUCUACCACCGAGGAUCCGAGGAUGAGCUAUGCCAGGUGUCCCUGAAGCAGGGCCGCGUGACGCUCCGGCUGUCGAGGACGGAGGUGAAAACUCGCGACAGCUUUGCUGACGGUGCCCCCCAUUAUGUCGCUUUCCACAGCAACGACACAGGGGUCUGGCUCUAUGUGGAUGACCAACUUCAGCAGAUGAAGCCCUACCAGGGGCCGUCCCCCGGGCCCCAGCCCCAGCCCCAGCCCCAGCCCCAGCCUCCUCAAGCCGCUGAGCUGUCCUUGGGAGGCAGGCCGGAGCCUGGCGACUUCUUCAGUGGCUGCAUCAGCAAUGUCUUCGUGCUGCGGCUCCUGGGUCCGCAGCGUGUGUUCGACCUGCAGCAGUACUCCAAAAGCGUCAACGUGACCGCAGACUGCGCUCCUGCGCCACGUGCCCAGACCCUUGGGCGGGCACCUCAAGGACCGCGGGCUGCGGCGCUGCGGAAGGCUUCCCGACGCAGCCGCCAGCCCCCCCGGGACCCUGCCUGCACACCACCCCGGCCCCUCAGGAGCCCCCGAGAUGCCUACCAGUUUGGGGGGCCCUUGCCCAGUCACCUAGAGUUUGCCCACGUCCCGGCCCCCCCGGGGGACUGGUCCCAGGUCUCGAUGCUGGUCCGCCCUCGCGCCCCCCGAGGACUCCUGCUCCUCGCCGCCCCUCUCACGGCCGGCGGCCCCUCCCUGCUUCUCCUCCUGAGCCACGGACGCUUUGUCGCUCAGACGGAAGGUCCCGGGCCCCGGCUCCGUGUCCAGAGCCGCCGGCGUUCACGGGCUGGCCGGUGGCACAUGGUGUCUGUGCGGUGGGAAAAGACUCGGAUCCAGCUGGUGAUAGACGGGGUCCGGGCCCAGGACCGGGAGCAGCCUGGCCAGCAGCGCCGGGAGCCGGGGAGCCCCCGGCCCCGAACUCUCUUCGUGGGGGGCCUUCCUGCCAGUGGCUUCAGCCCUAGGCCCCCAGUGGCCAUCAGCGGCUUCAGCGGCUGUGUGAGGAGACUCAGGCUGGAUGGGCGGCCUCUGGGGCCCCCCACACGGGUGGUGGGGGUCACGCCAUGCUUCUCAGGCCCCCUGGAGAAGGGCCUAUUCUUCGCAGAGAGCGGGGGAGUCGUCACCGCAGACACCCUGGGGGUCACCCUUCUUGACGUGAGCCUGGAGCUGGAGGUACGGCCCCGGGCAGCUUCCGGCCUCCUCUUCCACCUGGGCCGGGGCCGGGCGCCCCCCUACCUGCAGCUGCAGCUGCGGGAGAAGGAGGUCCUGCUGCGGGCAGACGACGGUGGCGGGGAGUUCUCCACGUGGGUGACGUGCCCUGCAGCCCUGUGUGAUGGGCAGUGGCACCGACUGGCAGUGACCAAAGGCGGGAAUACCCUCCGGCUGACGGUGGACACACAGACCAACAGCACCCGAGGUCCCAUGGUGGCAGUGGCCUCAGGGGAUGCCCUGGCCCCUCUGCACCUUGGGGGCCUGCCCGGGCCCACGAACACACAGGCUGGGCCUCUGGCCUACCAUGGCUGCAUGAGGAACCUGGUGGUGAACCGGUCCCCCGUCACCUGGCCUCGCUCUGUGGGUGUUCAGGGGGCAGUGGGGGCCAGUGGCUGCCCUGCCACCUAGCGCGGCUGCCCCUCCAGUGGCCGUGCAGGACAGUCUUCAGGGGCCCCAGGCCUGGAGUCCACGGGAGGGCCGCCCCAGGCAGGCAGGCUCCCACCUCGGAGCCUGCAGGCCCUGCCCUCUGCUGCUUAAAAGUCUGUGUCUGUCUGGAUUCUAGGCUCUAGGGGUGAUGAAUCUUCUGGAAAUAGCUUUAAGUUAUAUCUCUUUAAACAAAAGGAUAAAAUUCUGUAAACUGGGGUUUUUAAUACGUUUUAUCUUUCAGUUUCGUUGAGAUUUUCCUCCACCAAUUUUUAGUAACGUGAGAAAUCUGCCCUGCUUCUGAAAUUAAAAAGUUACUACUUCUGUUUAA